AUGCGAUUGAAGAAAGGGUCAACAGUUGCCUUGCUGACGCCAUUCACUGUAGAGGGAAAGAUAGAUAUUCCUGGCUUGGAAAAGUUGCUUCAAUUCCACCUUGAGAAUGGUACAGACAACUUAUGCGUACUAGGGACAACAGCUGAAGCCUCAACAAUGAGCAUGGACGAGAGAGCUCUUGCCUUGACAACCAUUGUCAAUGCUGUAAAGGGCAAAAUCCCAGUAAUGGUUGGAACUGGAACAAUAAAUCCCGAUUCGGUGAAGGCAAUGACGCAACAAGCUAUUGAUUUAGGUGCUGAUGGCAAUCUCCUUGUAACCCCGUAUUAUGUCAAGCCACCACAACGGGCUCUCGUUCGCCAUUUCACUGAGAUCGCCGAUAUGGGAUUGCCUGUUAUUCUUUACAAUGUACCAGGAAGAACUGCUUGCGAUAUCAGUGAUGAGGUAGUUGUAACUAUGGCGGAACAUGAACACGUUGUUGGUAUUAAGGACGCCACUGGAAAUUUGGACAGAUUGGCUUCGUUGAAGAAGGCAUUGGGCAGCAAAGACAAAUCCUUUUUGAAGUAUAGUGGUGAUGAUGGAACAACAGCUGAGUUCGUAAUUGCCGGAGGGGAUGGCUGUAUAUCAGUCACGGCAAACUUGGUGCCUGCCAAAAUGAAGGAAAUAAUCCAUGCGGGAUUGGACGGUGACGCAGAGUUGGCUCGCAGGUUGAACGAACCACUUGCUCUGCUACACGAUAAGCUUUUUGUAGAGAGCAACCCUAUUCCAGCAAAGUGGGCAGCAAAGCGUGUGGGUUUGAUGGACUUGGCCACCUGCCGGCCCCCAUUGGAUGAAAUGGACCCAGCGUACAGCAGUGUUCUUGAGGAAGCGCUCCGAUCUGCUGGUCUGAUCUAG